CCGGCCGCAGGGAAGUUCCCCAGCUGACGCCCAGAGGAGCAGCCAGCACAGCUGGAGCCAUGUCACCCCAGACCUUCACCCUCCUCCUCCUCCUCCUGCCUGACACACUGACGGAGCCUGGCCACAGCCUCCGGCGGCAGAAGAGGGACUGGGUCAUCCCCCCCAUCAACUGCCCCGAGAAUGAGCGGGGACCCUUCCCCAAGAAGCUGGCGCAGAUCAAAUCCAACAAGGACAAGGAGACCAAGGUUUUCUACAGCAUCACGGGGCAGGGGGCGGACACCCCCCCCGUGGGUGUCUUCACCAUCGAGCGGGAGACGGGGUGGCUGAUGGUGACGAAGCCGCUGGACCGGGAGGAGAUCGAUAAAUACAUUCUCCUGUCCCACGCCGUGUCGGCCAGCGGGCAGCCCGUGGAGGACCCCAUGGAGAUCAUCAUCACCGUGACGGACCAGAAUGACAACCGGCCCGUCUUCGCCGAAGCGGUUUUCCUCGGCACUGUGCUGGAGGGGGCUGAGCCAGGCACCCCUGUGCUGCACGUGCUGGCCACAGACGCGGACGACGCCACGAGCUCCAGCAACGGCAUCGUGGCCUACUCCAUCCUGCGCCAGACGCCGGACCAGCCCCAGCCCCGCAUGUUCGCCAUCGACAGUGGCACUGGGGUGAUCUCUGUGGCCGUGGCAGGGCUGGAGGCACAGGUGGUCCCCAAAUACACCCUGGAGGUCCAGGCGGCUGACAUGGAAGGGUACGGGCUACAGGCCACCGCCACUGCCCUGAUCAAAGUGCAGGUGAGGCACCAAGCCCGGCCUGUGCCGCCGCAGCAGGUGGUCGGGUCCCCCCGCACCCCGGGGGAUGCUGCAGCCCCCCGGCACCCGCUCCUCCACCAGUCCCUUGGGUCAGCACUGCCGCGGUGGGACACGGCGUGGAGCUGGGAUGGCUCCGUCCCCCUCUGCCGUUUGCAGUGCCACUAAAGCCCUGGCACGCUC